AUGACUCGUGACAGGAGGGAUACCCAUUCAUGGGUCAAAAAGCCCACUCCUCUCCACUUGGAUCGGUCGGGUCUUCUAUCCCUAAUACACAAAAUAGAUAUUAGUCCCCUAGCAACUGAAGUUGUGCCUCUUUCCUCUGCUGCUGCGAUUGCUGCUCAUCAAUUUUGCACCUAA